GCAAAUGGUGCGGGUCCCGACGCGAAUGGUCGCAGUCGGACGCCGCGCGGCGGGUAUACCAGUCAGUGUUCCUGGGCAGCCCGGGUGACGCCAGCAACGCGAGUAUCGGGUCCGGGGAGGGCACGGGCGAGGAGGACGACGACACCAACGGCAAGAAGAACCAAAAGAAACGGGGCAUCUUCCCGAAGGUGGCCACCAACAUACUGCGGGCGUGGCUCUUUCAGCACUUAACGGGUGAACCUUUGGAUAUAUUUUGCAUACACCUUCCAAACCCCAAGAUCUGA